UUGUGGACAAGCUUGGAAGUGAGCUUCAGUCCUACUUUAGAACCAAAGUAGGAGAAGAAAAAGGUGAUGGCUCUCCAAACUAUGAAAAAAUCAAAGAGGUUGAAGAGUAUUUAAAGAGAACAAUUUUAGGGCCAUGUCAAAAUAGGGAGAUAAAGAAGGAUGAAGAGGAAGAAGUAAAUGAAGAGGAGUGUGGAGGAGAUGAUUCAAUUGAUAGUGAUCUUCAAUCCAUUGAACUAAAUAUGGGCAAUAGUAGCAAGAGCUAUGAAUGGAGUAAUUCGUGUGGAGGAAUUGCUCAAAAUGAUCCAAAGAUGAUUCCACUUGAUGAUAAAAUCAAGAGGAGGAAAUCUAUUUUGGAGAAAAAUCAGCACAGAGGUGUUUCUAAUGAUCCACAAAGUUGUUUAUGCAUGAUUAAAUCAGUCGAGUGUGUGGUGUAA